AUGAGUAUAAUAAUUCUUCAAGAUACUUUGACCGUUGACAUUGAUAUUAGAGAUAUUAUUCAGAAUAAUCCACGAUUAAAGAAUGAUGUAUUACCUCUCAUACUUGCAAAGUUUCCAUCAAUCGUACCAAACGUCAAUGAAAUUCCUGAAGGUGAUUUGAAGAAGAAAAUUCAAAGAAAAGUGAACGACAGGGUAUUCAGUCAAAAUGAUCUUGAUACAAGCCUAGUUAAUUUUAAUAAUCCAACAACUGUACGAUCAAAUGUGUCCAUUGGUACUAAGACAUUGGUUCAGCCAAAACGUACUCGUCAAAGUGCAUAUUUACAUAUAAAUGAUGCUGUUAAACUAUUAAUUCACGGUGAUCCAUCUGUCUUGGAUAAUACUGACAAUCAAAAAAUACAUAUUAAACAUAAUAUGGAUAGUACCACAAUUCGAACAUCAACAAAUUUUCUCAUGUCCACUAUUACGUGUAUUGAAUCUGGUGCAAAACGACAAACACCUCCAAAUGUUAUACCAUUAGGUCAGUUCAAAUUUGAUAAGG